CCUGCAUCAAGCGUGCCAUCGCUGCAUCUUGGGGUUCGUCACCACCACUUAUUGACACCUAUUAGCUUUUGUUUUGUUUGUGGUGGAAAGGUAAAGAAAGGUUCAUCGCCCCAGCAGGUUUCUGUCAAACAGCACCAUGGCCAAAAUGCUAACAGGUCUGGGUCUUCUUCUGAUGCUGCACAUCGCCACUUCCAGCAAGUUGGUGUGUCACAUGACCAACUGGGCCCAGUAUAGGCCCGGCAAUGGAAAGUUCACCCCAGACAACAUCGACCCCUUCCUGUGCACGCACGUCAUCUACGCUCUGGCCACCAUCAACAGCUUUAACCAGAUCAACACCAUCGAGUGGAACGACGUGCAGCAGUUCAACAGACUCAACAACCUGAAAAAUGUAAACCCUGCACUGAAGACUCUGUUGUCCGUUGGAGGAACAGUCAAUGGAAUGAGUCCAUUCAUCGCCAUGGUCGGCAGACCCGAGACCCGCGAUGUCUUCGUCAAGUCGGCCAUUAACUUCCUGCGAACUCAUAACUUUGACGGACUGAACCUGGCUUGGGAAUAUCCCGCGCACAACGGCAGCCCACAGGAGGACAAACAACGAUUCACGCUGCUGGUCAAGGAGUUGUCCGCAGCUUUUGAGAAGGAUGCCGUAGACUCCAGGAAGACUCAGCUGUUGCUGUCGGCCAACGUGGCGUCCAUCAGAACCAACAUUGACAAAGCCUAUGAGGUCGACCAGAUUGCGACAUAUUUGGACUUCAUCAACCUGAUGACGUACGACUACCACGGACACUGGGAGGAAUCUACCGGACACAACAGUCCUUUGUAUGAGAGCUCCAUGGACUCUGGAUCUCAGAUCCAUCACAAUAUCAACUCCUCUGUGUCUCACUGGUUGGACCUUGGAGCUCCAGCCGAGAAGCUGCUGCUGGGUCUGCCAACGUACGGCAGAACUUACCGCCUAAGCACUGCUGCUAGCGGCCUGGGAGCACCCAGCAACGGACCGGCCGACGCCGGACCUUACACUCGCACUGCUGGUUUUUGGUCCUACUAUGAGGCGUGUAGCUUCCUCACCAGCGCGACCACGGGAUGGAUCGAGCAGCAGAGCGUUCCUUACGCCACUUUUGGCAGCGCUUGGCUGGGCUAUGAUGACCUGCGCAGCUUCUCUUCCAAGGUGCAGUUUAUGACAGGCGUCAACAUGGGAGGUGCUCAUGUGUGGACUCUGGACAUGGACGACUUCAGUGGCUCCUUCUGUUCGGCUGGAGCCUACCCUCUCAUCUCCCACCUCAGGAUCUCAAUGGGUUUCCCCCCUAAACCGACCACCACACCAGCUCCCACCACCACUAGGGACCCUGUGGCCGCCUUCUGUUAUGGCCGUCCUGAUGGCCUGUACGUGAACGCGGCUGACAAGAGCACCUACUUCCAGUGCUUCCAGGGCAACACGUACCUGCACCGCUGUCAGCCAGGCCUCAUCUACUACGACUCCUGCAAGUGCUGCAACUGGCCUUGAUAUCGUCAGUGUUCUUAGUGCUGACUCAUGGAUCUCAUCAAUGUUGUUAGUAUUGACUAAAAAGUAGGAAAACAUUUCACAGCCUUUCAAAAACGCAAUAAAAUGCAUUCUUUUAAAAACCAAAAGAACUGU